AUGUCCGUAACCGUAACCUACGUCAAAGUCAAUUGCCAUUGUGGCAACGGCGCAUUGCGCGUCGCCUUUCGUACCGAUUCUCUGCCAAUCUCCUGCACUCUCUGUCACUGCAACAAGUGUAGACAUGUGACCGGGAAAAUGGCCUUUUACGUCGUCCCAAUCGUCGGCAAACCGUUGGACAGUGUCGCCGACCACGCGGCCAAUCUUCAGCGUUUCACAUCAUAUAAGCCAACGCCCACAGAAACCCGCUACUUCUGCCCUCUCUGUUCCGCACACCUGCUUGUUCGUUAUACCAGUGGCCCACAACGUUGGGCUGUCUCUGGCGGUGCGCUUGACAGGGUAGAUGGUAUCAUAAAAAUCGACUCCCAUACCUUUGUCGCUGACACUCUGGAUGGUGGUCUGGCCAACAUAAUAAAGGAAAUUGAUGGAGUCAAGCUUCCCAGGUACUCCAAAGGUGUUGGUAGUGAGCUUGUACCAAUGGGGUGGCGCUCCGAAAAGCUGUCCUCACCACAGGGCGAACUAACGGCAUACUGUCACUGCGGAACAAUAGGAUUCAAGUUCAGUCGCCCGAGUGAGCUCUCCUAUAUUCCCCACGCGCCCUACCCCGACUUUAUUUAUCCAAUGGACGUAACCCAUUUGGCAAAGCUUCGGAAUCCAACAGACGACAAGUGGUGGCUGCGAGAGUCAACCGUUCCGGGAGAGCCAGCCAAGUACUUGGGUGCUCACUGCGUAUGUCACUAUUGCAGGUUGGCUGGGGGAUGCGACAUCCAGAGCAUCGCAUUUGUCUCGCGAGCAAAUAUGCAUGAAAUUGGGACAAAUGAAGUGGUCGACUACUUUCAUGAAGAGAAUCGGCAACCUGGACUCAAACAGUAUCAAUCCAGCCCCGGGCGGUAUCGAGAGUAUUGUGGAACGUGUGGUGCGUUUGUUGUUUGGUGGCAUGCAGGUCGCCCAGACGUCGUGGACAUAUCAACUGGGUUGUUAGACCAAAAGGAGGAUGGGGUACGCGCCGAGCACUGGAUAGAAUGGUUCAAAAAUAGGGUUGCAUUUCAAGAAAAAGCCGUCAAUGUUUCCAUUGCAAAAGGGCUCGUUGACGGUCUGAAGCAAGAGGUAGUAAAGUAG